UCACAUAAUUAAAAAGAUAAUAAAGUAGAAAUGUUAUAUGCUUCCAAUCCAAUGAGGGGUGGUAUUUAAAUCUAAUCUCAUAAGAUUAGAAGUGAAAAGGCUGCUUUGUCCAUCACUUUAUAAAAAUAACAAAAUCACCUUCCAUGUAACAAGAGUAAUAACAUAAUUCAUAAAUUUAAUUCUAACUACCUAAUGAAGAAUUAUACUACACAAACAAAAACAAUUUUUCUCAUAUCUCCAACCUAAUAGUAUCAUAGUAAUCUCCUUCACUCAAUCCACUCAUAAUAAUCGCUUCACCCAAACAAUGGAGCCUUUAAAAGUGAAAAUGGGGCAAAGUGUUAUUUACGCUAUAUUCUACUACUCUUUUCAAGUACACAACUUUGUCUUGAGAUUAUAGCCAGAAUAUACAGGGAAUGUUGGGGCAAUCGGAGAGAGAGAGAGUUCAUACCGUCGCCGGUUACGGUCCUCCCUUGGCCGUUGACCAUGAAGCUAGGGCUUGUACCCAAGGGUUCAGAUGAGAGAGGGGUUUGGGCCGUUUUCCUUAUGUGAUUCUUACAAUCAUUGAGAAAGAAUAGACACUUCUUAAUUUUGGGGCUGAUCCGAACUUGCCAACAGAAGAUGUCUCCUAUGAGGUAGGAACAUCUGGGAAUAGAGGAAUACUUUCUAGUCCUGCAUAUCAUUGCAAGAAAUGCCGGAGAGUUGUUGCAUUGCAAGAGAAUAGUGUGGAUCAUGUUCCAGGAGAAUCACAAACAUCCUUUGGGUGGCAUAAGAAGAAAGCCGCAACCCUUUCAACAACUGUGAUGAGAUUGAGUGCUCAUCCAUCUUUUGUUGAGGCUCUACGUUGGAUGACAACAGGCAUCCAAUGCAGUUGUUGUGGCAGCUAGAUCACCCCAGACUUUCAGCUCUAUAAAAGCUGAGUUGACAUCAGCAGUGUCUGAUAUUUUUGAGGCAGAAGAGGUGUGCCUAUCACUUUGCUAGAAGAUAGAAGACAGUAAAAAGGGGGCUUAUAUGAACCCAACAUCUACCUAGUAAUAAACCUAAAUUGUGGUACCAAUAAUAUGAGAGCACAAUUUUUGAGUUAAGGUUUGGAUGUUUGAGAACUUGUUUAUGUUUGCUUGCAUUUUGUAUGAUGUCUUUGACAAUCACCAGCUGGGUAGUGAUGUUGUAAGUGCCUGGCCUUCUGUUCAUAGUAUGUGGUUUAAGUCAUAUGAUUUUUGUAUUUUCAUAUUCAAAUUUACAGGCUUCAAUACUUUGGAUUCAUUUUUGUCAUCCCGAUUGUUUAUAUGGAAUAUAGAGUAAUUCUUAUCAUUAAAAUUAUAAAGAAAUGUUAGGAACUUAUAAAUCAAACACAAAAACAAAUCACAAACACUUGGCGACACUGUAUUGACUGUGAUAUGCCGUAUCUGGUACGUGAGCACUUAUUCAUUGGCAACAUUGGCGACACUGCAGAGGUUCUUCAAAACGGUAGCAAGGAAAUCACUCAUAUACUGUCAAUCCUUAGUUCUGCAUCGAUAUCAUUUUUCUCCGAAUGGCGUAGUGGUCUAUCGAUCCCUACUGAAAAGAUUUGCAAGGUCUAUGCCGGGGACUCAGAGCUUGAGGAUGUUUCCAGUGACAGUUCAAAGAGUUCCUUGUCACCAGAAAAGCUUCUGUACUUGUUGGAGUAUGCAGGCAACGAUUUGAAAUUGGUGAGGAUGGCGGUACCGCCGCGAGAUACUGAGAAUGAGAAUUUGUUGGAUUAUUUGGAUGUGUGUUUGGAUUUCAUCGAUAAGAGUCGAAAAGAGGGGUCUGUGUUGGUGCAUUGCUUUGCCGGUGUAUCAAGAAGUGCAGCUAUUAUUACUGCGUAUCUGAUGAGAACUAAACAACUAUCUCAAGAAGAUGCACUUGAAUUUUUACAGAAAAGCUGUGAAUUUGUUUGCGCCAAUGAUGGUUUUCUGGAACAGCUAAAAAUGUUCGAAGAAAUGGGUUUCAAGGUUGAUCACACUAGCCCUAUAUACAAAUGCGUCCGUUUGAAAGUAUUAGGCGAUUCUUAUAAUCGUGGAGAAAGAAUAGACACUUCUAAAUUUGGGGCUGAUCCUGGCUUGCCAACAGAAGAGGCCUCCUCUGACAUAGGUACAUCUGGGAAUAGCGGAAGAGUUUCUACUGCUGCAUAUCGUUGCAAGAAAUGCAGGAGAGUUGUUGCAUUGCAAGAGAAUAUUGUGGAUCAUGUUCUAGGAGAGGGGGAGACAUCCUUUGGGUGGCAUAAGAGGAAAGGCGGCAACCCUUUCAACAAGUGUGAUGAGAUUGAGUGCUCAUCCAUCUUUGUUGAACCUCUACGUUGGAUGACAACAGUUGAAGAAGGUGCAUUGGAGGGCAAGCUUUUAUGUGUACAUUGUGAAGCUCGCUUGGAUUACUUCAACUGGUCAGGCAUCCAAUGCAGUUGUGGUAACUGGAUCACCCCAGCCUUUCAGCUCCAUAAAAGCCGAGUUGACAUUAGCACUGUCUGAUAUUUUUCAACACAGAAGAGGUAUGCGUCUAACACCUUGCUUGAAGAUAGAAGAUGGUAAGAGGGGGCUUAUAUGUACCCUAACAUCUACCUACUAAUAAUUUUAAAUUGUGGUACCAAUAAUAUGAGAGCACAGUAGUUGAAUCGAGGGUUGGAUGUUUGAGAACUUGUUUAUGUUUGCUUGCAUUUUGUGUGAUGUCUUUGACAAUCAUCAGCUGGGUAGUGAUGUUGUAAGUGGGUGGCCUUCUGUUCAUAGUAUGUGGUUUUAAGUCAUAUGAUUUUUGUAUUUCCA